AUGAGUUUUUCAUCAAUUAAAAGAACGCAGUCCGAUUCGAAUGAAUCAGAGAUCGAUGGACAUGUUAUAAAGCGCCAAGCGGUCAACGGUGACUUCUCUGACUCUGUAUCAAACUCUGAAUUAGAUCUAGUUGACGAAAUUGAGGAAGUGGAAGUCUCAGACAUCGGAGAACAUGUAAAUAACGCCCAGUGGCAAAGCACUAUUUCCAAAGUUGUGGGUUCUGUGGUUUCGAUACAUUUUUCACAGGUGGCUCCUUUUGAUUGCGACCCAGCUCUUGUCUCGGAAGCUACGGGAUUUGUGGUAGACGCAGAUCUGGGAAUCAUCCUUACAAAUCGACAUGUUGUGGGUGCUGGUCCUUUUGUGGGAUAUGCAGUCUUCGACAACCACGAAGAAUGUGACGUUAUACCUAUCUAUCGUGACCCAGUGCACGAUUUUGGGUUUUUGAAGUUCAAUCCGAAAAAAAUCAAGUACAUGAGUGUCCAGGCUUUAGAAUUGAAGCCAUCGCUUGCGAAAGUUGGGUCGGAAAUCAGAGUUGUGGGUAACGACGCUGGAGAAAAGCUAAGUAUUCUCGCAGGCUUCAUUAGUAGAAUCGACAGAAAUGCUCCAGAUUACGGAGAGCUCACGUACAAUGACUUCAACACAGAGUAUAUUCAAGCUGCUGCAUCGGCCUCUGGGGGUUCCUCGGGAUCACCAGUUGUAAAUAUUGACGGACAUGCAGUGGCUUUGCAGGCUGGUGGUUCAACAGAGGCGUCCACAGACUUUUUUCUGCCUGUUAACAGGAUUUUAAGAGCACUUCUUUGCGUAAGGGAAGAUGAACCGGUUACUAGAGGCACAAUCGAAAUGCAAUGGAUAUUGAGACCCUACGAUGAGUGCAGAAGACUGGGACUUACUGCUGAUCGGGAGCAAGAAGCUCGUAAACAGUUUCCAGAUCGGAUUGGACUACUAGUGGCAGAAACUGUUCUACGUGAGGGCCCUGCUGAUACCAAGAUCAAAGAAGGAGAUACUUUGAUUUCUAUCAACAAUGAACUCAUUGCAUCUUUCAUUCAAGUCGAUGAUAUUCUGGAUAGCAACGUAGGUCAAAACAUUGAUUUGUUGAUCCAGCGUGGUGGUAAAGAUAUCAACGUCACAUGCACAGUCGGAGACCUUCAUUCAAUCACACCCUCAUCCUAUCUCGAAGUUUGUGGUGCUACAUUCCACGAGCUAUCGUACCAAAUGGCGAGGUUCUACGCUAUUCCUGUACGAGGAGUUUUUCUCAGCAGUGCAUCAGGCUCCUUCAACUUUGAUUCGAAGGAAAAAGUCGGCUGGAUUGUUGACGCCAUCGAUAAUCAGGAAACUCCUGACCUGGAUACCUUCAUCGAGGUCAUGAAACAUGUCCCAGACAAAAAGAGAGUCACUGUCAGAUACCACCAUCUGACUGACCAGCAUUCGCCAAAUGUUGCUAGCAUUUAUAUUGAUCGUCAUUGGUGUAGCGAGUUUCGCUUAUACCAAAGAAAUGACAAAACCGGUAUUUGGGACUACAAAAACCUUGCAGAGCCUUUACCCGCAUUGCCUGAGGUCCCUCAUGAAGCCAAGUUUAUUGACCUGUCAAUUGACAACAAAGACCUAGCAAAGCUUUCCAGAAGCUUGGUCACGGUCACUACUGUCUCGCCCAUCCCCUUAGAUUCAAUGUCCGCAGAAAGCCGUAAAGCAGCUGGGCUUGUUAUCGAUGCAGAGCAAGGGUAUGUUAUUGUCUCGCGUCGUGUCAUUCCUCAUGAUUGCUUGGAUGUAUUUGUGACAAUUGCUGAUUCGGUGAUUCUGCCUGCUGAAGUGACCUUCUUGCAUCCUACACAAAAUUACGCUGUGAUUAAAUACGACCCCUCGCUAGUGAAAGCACCAGUUGAGACGCCUCGUAUGUCUUUUGAACGGAUGAAACGUGGUGACAAAGCCCAAUUUAUUGGCUAUACCCACAACAACAGACUUGUUUCUUCCGAGACUAAGGUGACGGAUAUCUCAUCACUGAGUAUACCUAGCAACAUUAUCCCCAGGUAUAGAGCAACAAACUUGGAGGCCGUAGGUAUUGAUUGUAAUGUGAGCUCCAGAUGCAACUCUGGUAUACUGGCUGACGAAGACGGAACAGUGAGAGCCCUUUGGUUGUCCUUUUUGGGUGAAAUUCAAGAUGGCAAAGAGAAGGUCUAUUUACUAGGUUUAGAUUUAACAGAUCUGAAGCCUGUUAUUGACCUACUGAAGAACGGAAAGAGACCAAGAAUUAACAUUGUUGAUGCUGGUUUUGGUUCGAUCUCAAUUGCGCAGGCUAGAAUCCGUUCUGUUCCGGAGGAAUGGAUUUCGAGAAUGGAAGCUGAAUCGGAGAACAGACUCCAGUUUAUGCACGUCACAAGGGUGUCCUUUACAACUGAGAAGGAAAAACUAUUACCUGGCGAUGUAAUUUUAAGCGUCGAAGAUAAGCUAGUUAAGGAAAUGAGAGAUCUAGAUGGGAUUGUGACUUCAGGGUUGGGCCCCAACGAAGAGCAGAUUUUAAAUUUCAAGCUUGUCAGAAACGGCCAAAUUGUUGAUGUGCGAGUUAAAACGGUUGAAGUUAGUGAAACAUCGCACUUUGCUGUGUUUGCCGGUUGCAUUGUACAAACUCCACAUCAUGCUGUUCUACAAGCUAUGUCACAAAUCCCUAGUGGCGUGUAUUGUACAUUCAGGGGACAAUCGUCUCCUGCUACUCAAUACGGUAUAGCGUCGACAAACUUCAUCACACAUAUCAACGAAAUUGAGACACCAGACCUUGAAACUUUUGUGAAAGUCGUUAAAGCCAUUCCUGACAACACAUACUGCAAGAUUCGUUUGGUGACUUUCGACAACGUUCCUUUUGCUAUUUCAUUGAAAACCAACUACCACUAUUUCCCGACAGCAGAGUUAAAGAGAGACCCUAUCAGUGGCAAGUGGAUUGAAAACGAACUCAACAAAACGGACGAAAAGGCCGAAUGA